AUGAGUUACUCAAGUGAUCCUUCACCCAUGUUACCACAGUCAGCACUUACUCAAGCUGCUGCUGCUACUGCUGCUGCUACUGCUGCUGCAAUGCCCUUUGGUUUAGAUAGUAGUGAUUUUCCUGAUGUCCAUGGGUAUCCCGUUCAACUUCCAUUAACGCCAACACUGAUGCGCAACUUAGGCGAUCGGUCCUAUGAUAAACGUAAAGGUGCAGCAAUGGAAUUAGAAAAUUUAAUCAAGCAACUGCAAGAAAAUGCUGCGUCCAUUGAAUUUCAUCAGCAACAUCAGUUACAGCAGCAACUUAAUCCAGUGUCCCCCCGAGAAAUAACUGACAUUGGCGCGUCCGGGACGGAAAGUGAGAGCAUGGACAGUACAUUGCUAUUUUUAGCCAAUCCCAGUCGUCAACGGAUUCCUGCAAUUAUUGAAUUGCUCGGUCAUGAUUUUGCGUGUUCUGCCAAUGCCAAUCAUCGUAAAGGUGGUUUAAUUGGAUUAGCAGCUACUGCUAUUGGUCUCAUGCAUGAUGCUCAUUUGUAUUUGGAUAGGUUAUUACCACCUGUUUUGCAUUGUUUUGAUGAUCCGGAAAGUCGAGUGCGAUAUUAUGCGUGUGAAUCGCUCUACAAUAUUGCAAAAGUCGCACGUGGUCAUAUUUUACAGUAUUUUAAUCAGAUAUUUGAUGGAUUAUGUAAAUUAUUUGCCGAUGUGGAUGUGGAUGUAAAAAAUGGAGCGAAUUUAUUAGAUCGAUUAGUUAAAGACAUUGUGACGGAGAGUGAAUAUUUUGAUGUCGAUAUGUUUAUACCACUUUUACACAAGUAUAUUCGCAUGACAAAUCCAUAUAUUCGUCAACUCUUGGUUGGAUGGAUCACAGUACUUGAUUCCGUACCGGAUAUUGAUAUGUUGGAUUGGUUGCCUGAAUUUCUAGAUGGAUUAUUUAAUAUGUUGAGUGAUGGGAAUCGAGAAAUUCGACAAGCAGCUGAUAGUGCAUUGGCAGAAUUUCUACGAGAGAUUAAACAGACGGACGAUGUUGAGUUUGGACCGAUGGUUGAGAUUCUUGUGGGACAAUGUAAUAGCAAGGAACGAUUCAAUCGAUUAACAGCUGUGAGCUGGGUGCACGAGUUUGUGAACCUUGGAAGAGAAAAACUUGUCGAGUUUUAUGCGGAUCUACUUGCUGCGAUCAUGCACUGCAUCUCGGAUGCGGAGCAUGAAAUACGCCAGGUAGCUGAACGUGCUAAUGAUGAUUUGCUACAGCUUGUAAAAUCAACCACAGAAGAUGUUGAACUGCUACCACUUAUGCAGAAACUCACGACAGAAUUGAGUAGUGACCAUGUGCCUACUCGUAUGGCGGCCUUGCGGUGGAUUUCGAUGCUGCUUGAAAAAUACCCCAAUCAGCUGUCAGCACAUAUUGGCCAGUUGUUGCCAGCUCUACUUCGUACACUCUCGGAUAUCUCAGACAGUGUUGUGCUACUAGAUUUGGAAGUGCUUGCUCGCAUAUCACUUAACAAAGUUGAAUUCGAGAAGGUGCUCAAUGCGAUCUUACUGCUCUUUGCACAGGACCGACGAUUGCUUGAGAUGCGUGGCAGUAUGGUUGUGCGCAAGUUGUGUGUGCUCUUGGAUUCCAAGAGUAUAUAUCUCAUUUUUGCAAAGGUACUAGGCACAGAAGCUGUCUACCUGGAUAGUCAAACGGACAGUGAGUUUGCUGCUGUCAUGGUGCAAACAUUGAAUCUUAUUUUGCUCACAGCAAAUGAAUUAGAGCAUCUACGUGAUGUCUUACGUCGCAGUUUUCAGCCUCAAGCAUCGGAAGAUGACGUCCAAGUGUUUACGGCGCUCUUUCAAUCGUGGUGCCACAAUCCCAUUGCAGCAUUCAGCCUUUGCUUGCUGGCCCAAUCUUACACGCUCUCGGCAGCGCUCAUUAGCAAGUUUGCCAACAUUGACGCAUCCGUCGGGUUCCUCAUGCAGAUCGAUAAACUGGUGCAGCUGCUGGAAUCACCUAUCUUCAUUCACAUGCGGCUACAGCUUCUUGAGAUUCAGGAGGACCAUCACACAGAUUUAGUUAAGAGUCUGUACGGGCUUUUAAUGCUGCUUCCACAGAGUGCUGCCUUUCGGGUGUUACGGGACCGGCUCGCAAGCGUGACAAGCAUGGCUACAGCUAUCGGCCGUAUCGACUUGAAUGGUGACUCGCGUCCGCUACGUAAAAGUAGAGGCGCACCCUUCAACUCGUCCAAAAAGGAUACUACGCGUAUUGAUGCCGACGCAUUGCUCGCUCAUUUUGAGAGUGUUCAAGCGAAGCACACGGAACUGCGACGGAAAGGAAUAUACGACAAAGCGCUGGAUCAGGAACAAAAUGAAGCCAGCACGUAA